CGCUUCCUGCGUUAGUGGCUCGGAUAAUUAUGGCUACCCUCAAAGCGUCUGCGUUGCUGCGGAGCCUCCAGACAAAUUCUUGCGGCACGGGGCGGGUGUGUUUCCCGGUUCGCGCUCGGCCCCGGCCCCGCGCCCUGUUCCAACCUCUGCCCGGGGCCUGUGGCACGGGAACACUAUGCCGUGGGCUCGGCUCCGAGUCCGAAUCUGGCAACUCAGAGAUCAGGAAGCCUACAUUUAUGGAUGAGGAGGUCCAAAACAUACUCAUCAAGAUGACGGGCUUGGAUUUGCAGAAGAUUUUUAAGCCAGCUUUACAAGAACUGAAGCCACCAACUUAUAAGCUAAUGACCCAAGCACAGCUGGAAGAGGCUACAAAACAGGCAGUUGAGGCAGCUAAAGUCCGAUUAAAAAUGCCACCAGUUCUGGAAGAGCGGGCGCCAAUAAAUGAUGUGUUAGCUGAAGAUAAGAUUUUGGAAGGAACAGAAACAGCCAAAUAUGUGUUUACUGAUAUAUCAUACAGCAUACCACACCGGGAGCGUUUUAUUGUCGUCAGAGAACCAAGUGGCACACUGCGCAAAGCCUCUUGGGAAGAACGAGACCGAAUGAUUCAAGUUUAUUUCCCAAGAGAAGGUCGUAGAAUUUUAACACCAGUAAUUUUCAAGGAAGAAAAUCUUCAGACCAUGUACAGCCAGGACCGGCAUGUUGAUGUCCUCAAUCUCUGCGUUGCCCAGUUUGAGCCAGAUUCUGCUGAAUAUAUCAAAAUUCAUCAUCACACCUAUGAAGAUAUAGAUAAAUGUGGAAAGUAUGACCUUUUACGUUCAACAAGACACUUUGGUGGAAUGGCUUGGUAUUUUGUAAAUAAGAAAAAGAUUGAUGGCUUACUGAUUGACCAGAUUCAGAGAGAUUUAGUCAAUGAUGCCACCAGCUUGGUCCACCUCUAUCACAUCCUCCAUCCAGACGGUCAGUCAGCUCAAGAGGCCAAAAAGCAGGGUGCUGAGGGAUUACUUUUAAUUAAGGUCUUUGCAAAAACAGAAGCACAGAAGGGAGCAUAUAUAGAAUUAACACUGCAAGCUUAUCAAGAAGCAUUCAUUACCCAUUCUGCAGCUUCCUAAAAAUAUUUUUCUUUUUUCAGCUGUGCCUACAGCAUAUGGAAGUUCUUGGGCUAGGGCUUGAAUCUGAGCUGCAGCUACAACCCAUGCCACAGCUGGAGCAACACGGGAUCCCUAACCCACUGCACCAGGCUGGGGAUUGAACCUGCACUCAGAGACAAUGCCAGAUUCCCUAAACUCACUGCACCACAGCGGGAACUCCCUACAUUUUAAAAAUAAAUUUCAUCUUACUAAAUACUAACUUCUCUGUUACUAUUAUUAAGCUAUUUAAAAAUUUCAAAAUCGGUAGUUCCCAAUAAAAUUUUGUUUUUUAAAUUCAAAAAUACAAAGAAAAAUUUGCUAUUCCACUUACUUUCCUAGGCUAUGAGGGGACAAUUGAAAAGUAUAUUUGAGUGCUUGAUUAUGAAUUUCUCUAGUCAUGUCAGAUGAAUACAGUAUAAAAUUAAAAACAACAACAACAAAAUACUAUGCCUUUCUGUGUUACCAAAUGGGCCAAUUGGUAAUUUAAAUAGAGCCCACCUUAAUGAGGUCAGAGGAGCCAGGGUUUCAGACCCUGAUUCCAGAAACAGGUACCUACCACACAAAAUCAGGGUAAGGCAUAGGAAGGCUGCACAGACUAAGGGGAAUAAUGCAGUGACAUCAAGGAAAGGGGGUUAGAAAACGAUAGCAUGGAUAUUCAGUUCUAGGAAAAAUGUGACUGGUGAUAUUUGAAAAUAGUUAUUCAAAGAAAAGAGAAUGUGGACUGGUCCCUAGGUGAGGUGUAGUUUUGGCUCAGCUUUCUAAAACUAGAGUUGUAUUUUCUUUAUGCAGAAAGGAAACUAUGAAGUAUCUUCAUUAGUUCAAAAGAUUUUAUGAGAUGUGGUCUAAUGACAGUACGAAAAAAAUCAAAGCCCACAGUUGUUUUAGUUAACAAGUAAAACAGUGAUUUAGGUGCUGGGCAUAAACUCCUCUGAAGAUAAGGAGGGCACUGUGCUCCUGUGUAGGCCACAGCAUUUACAUAUAAAAAUCUAUGGAGUUUCUGAGUCCAAAGCACUGUGGUCAGAGCAAUGAUCAAUACCUGUCCAUUAUAAUAAUAAUCUGUUUAGUUGGGUAAAUGGGAAACAUUACGUUCAAUCAUCCAAAAUAUCUUCAUCCAGGUUGAUAUCUGUUGUGUCAAUGUCUUCUAAUUCCAAAUUAUCCAAAUCUACUUCCAGUUCAAGUAAACUCUGCUAAGAAAAGGAAAAGGGUGAGUUACACAGUACCGUGUUAAAGAAAUUAUGUGAUUCAUGAUGCAAAGAGAACUAGAACAGUAGUAGACAGAGGCAUCUUCCCAUUUCAAAGCCCCUGCCCUGGGACUGAUUACAUCACUUAAAAUGCAGGGGCCUCUCCCACCCCCACAUUCUCAGGGAGGGAGAAUGAGGCUGGGGCUGGCCAGGAGGUUCAGGUGUGAUGUCUGUACCUUUUCUACUUUGUUGGCUGUGUGGGAGGCCACAAUAACAGGAGUAGGAGAAGCAGGUUUCCCAGCAAGUUCCUGAAAACCCAAGUGGAGAUAGUAUAAAGACAAAGGAAUUUGUUAGAGAAUUUGAAGUUUUUCCCCAAAGGAAAGGCUGAUUAAGGUUAGGAAGUGGGAGAUGGCACUUAAAACCUACAAAUCUCAGGCAGACUGUCUUGUAGUAUUCUACUGACCUGCUGAGCUGCAGAUCUUGACGGCUGGAAGCCUUUUGCCUCUUCCAUAACAUUUCUUUCUUCAUUUGGCUGUAGAGAGUAAAGCAAUGAUGAAAUGAAAUACUCAGAAGGCAUAGUUCAUCUAUGAACGUAGCCCAAAUCCUAGAUAUUAGCUCUUAAUCAAACAAUACUUAUGCAGUACAGUUCACAACCUUAAGUCCUGAAUGUACUCCUACCCAAAGUCCCCAGAAUGAGGCACACAGGCACUCACCGUGACCAGUGGGUAUUGUUUGGCCGGCCACAGGUCAGCAUGUGUUUCCUUCACCCAUUCUUCCACAACAAAGGCUUCUUUUAAUCCAGGAAAGAGGUUUUCAUAUUCUGUUGGAUCAGCAAGGGAUUCGGCUGCUUUCUGAUUGACUUUUGAGAGAUUUUCUCUCCAGAGUUUCACCACCCUAUUAUAGAUAUCAUGGAGCCAAAGGGAGACUGGAUGAGUGCUCUGUUUUUCUCUGAAUCAUUUCUUCCUAAAAUGAAAAGUUUGUACCUUGAAACCUGACUGGGUAAGUAAGUCCGUGCCAAGAAGGCAGCUUCUGGCAGUCGUCCAGUUCUAAUCAAGAGCUCCAGGCAAGCAUCAAGCCUAAACAUUCAAAAGGAGAGGUACUGUUAGCAAGAAUAAAUGCUAUAAUGAUGGCACUUAACACACUGAAGAAAUGUGGAUUUAGUGCUGCAAAGUCAGCACUCCCUCUCCAACUUCCACACAUAGGCCUCUUUUCUGUCACUGAGCCAUUAACUUGUCCUCACCAGUUUGUUUCAUAAUCAUGGACUCUGGGACUGUGAGAGGUAGGACAGCUUUUGAGACCAUGUUCCAUCUCCUUAACUUUGCUAAGACUGUAAAGGGGCUUUUUUAAGACAAGGCAGUUUCGAUGAGCACAUUUAGAGCUGGGGCAACAGAGGAGUAGAAACUCAGUUUCACAAGUACAGUACUGAGGGCGGCUUCUUAACAUGGACUGUGCUGGACGACAAUGGUGCCCAGUAACAAAAUAUCCAAGUGUCCAUUUUCUAAUUUCGAUUUUUUCCUGUGUAAGUUUCAUAAAGUAGAUAAUGUGCUUUAGAAGUCAGAACUUUUUGGACUUUAAAAAAGGUAAUACCGUAUUUAACAUCCUCAGCAUCAAAGUCGCAAACAUUAAUAAAUGUUUGUGUGUUCUAAAAUAACACAAAUACUAAAUGCAAUGAACACUUACCAAGUGGCGUAAAAGCAACUAAUAAUAAUAUUCAGAGUUCAGGUCAAGUUUUGCUACCAAAUAAAAUUUUCCAAGUGUUUUUGGAUUUUUUAAUUACUGAUAAGAAACCGUGAACUUAAUUCUUACAGGUAUAUAAAUUUAUGUAUACAUGUUAUAAAAUACAUAUACAAAGUUAUGAUUAAAUGGUUUAAAUAGUAUGUAUGGCAAGUUAAUACUUUUCCUGUUUCAUCUCAUAAUAUGGUCAUCUAAUGAAAUCAGAUAUGCACUAACUGCUAGACUUCUGAGAAUAUCAUAUUUUUAUGUUUACAGCUGGACUCAAAUCUGAAAGAAACUGGCAUCCUCAUCCCCUUUAUUUUUGUUAUAUAUAAACAGAUCAGAAUUAUUCAAUUUGGGUAAUAAAGUCUCCUGCCAUUCAGUUACCAAAUGAAGCAAGCAGCCCCAACAGCCUCCUGCUGUCAUUAAAUAAAAUACCUUAGCCAGUAAGUGGCAGGGCUGCUGAAAACGGGGUUUAACAUUUCUCCCAGCUGAGCCCUGAAGAGCUCACUCUGCUCAAAUGCUGAGACCAGAUGUAUAAAGGGCAUCCUUUGCUGAAGGUGAGUGCUACCGAGGAGUCCAGACUGCUCCCACAAACACCACCACCUGGCCAGCCCUCAGAGUUCUCCAGAGUGCCUCCUUUGUGUUCCUCUCCAAAGACCACUCUCACCUUGGACUAAUACUUACUUGCCCUGUAAAAAGUAGCUCAUGAAUGCCACAUUAUUCUUGCCAUCUCGCUCUGCACCCUCUGCUAGCUUGUUCACCAUGCUAGCAUUUCCAGAGGCAGUGGCCAAAAGCAACAGACCCCCAUAGUCCUGUGCAUGGUGCAGGCACUCCUGGGCCAGGCCAAACUGGCAUUUACUGAUGGCAAGUUCAGCAAGUUGUUUCCACUUCUGUUCUGACUGUAAGAAAAAUUUCUGAGUUAAAAUACCUUUUAAAUAAACAUUAACAUUUC